ACCGCUUUGUCCUUAUUAACAGAUCAACUUCACUUUCAGCACAAUUUUAAAGACAAAGUGUUUCCAAUUUUACCAUAUUCACGCAGCUUUAACCACCUUUUUUGUUGUAUUUAAAAAUGUUUGAAGGAAUUAAAGGACCGAAUCCAUCUGAUAUUCAAGGUCCCGAUCUUCGAGUUCUCGUUGUCCAUGCUCGCUGGAACUUGCAAGCUAUCGAGCCUCUCGUAAAGGGUGCCGUUGACAAAAUGAUCAAUCAUCAUGCAGUGAAACCAGAGAAUAUUGACAUCAGGAGCGUUCCCGGGAGCUGGGAAUUGCCCGUCGGUAUUCGUUCUUUCAUGGCAAGCAACCGUUAUGAUGCCGUAAUUGGCAUCGGUGUCUUAAUCAAGGGUUCCACGAUGCAUUUUGAAUACAUAUCUGAAGCUGUUGUGCACGGUCUCAUGCGAAUAGGCCUUGACACUGGCGUUCCCGUGAUUUUGGGACUUUUGACGGUUUUAAAUGAAGAACAAGCCUUGCAUCGUGCCGGACUUAACGGCGGCCACAACCAUGGUGAUGACUGGGGUUCCGCAGCCGUUGAAAUGGGUCUUAAAAGUCUCAAUAAUUAAGUUAAGAGCAACAGAUUCUUGUAUUUCUUUCAGUUAAUUAUAAGCCUUCUAUCUAGAUCCAAUGAAACGUUGAUGUUUUAAUUAUACAUACAAAGUAGC